CAGUAGCACGCUUUUAAGUACGACAUUCAGUUUCUUUUGUCAUCGAGAGAAAUUCGCUAUUCGCCCACAAGUGAAAACAACAAAACAUCACCAUUGAUCAAUCGCACAGCGAUCCGGGAGCAAGCUGUGUGUCGUUCAUCUACGUAUAAGCGCAUCAAUCAAAGUGAUCGUAAACGGAAGUAACGCAACCCACGUACAUAGUGCAAAAAAUAUUUUCUUUGCAAUCUGGUAUCGAGAAACAAGGGUGUUUUUUCAAUUUAUAGGCAAUUUUGUAUGGUUUUUCGAAUUAAACCGUGUUCAUAAGUAUAGUGUCGAGAAGUGUUUUUAUAGUGCUUGUCAAAAUCAAUACAGUUGGAGGCAUUUAAUUAUUCGCAAAUCAAAGUGAAAGCGUAUACAUUCGUUUUAGCAAAACUUGAUUUAUCAUUGUUUACCUUCACUCGUAUAAACUAACAAAGGGUUUACCCACAAAAUCGCUCAAAAAUUGCCCGACAGUUGCACAAACCCCCGACGAAUCUAGCUCUAGAUUCCAGCUGCAGCACCAGCGGGAGAAGGAACCACGAAAUCACAGCUGCGAUUAUGGCGUCUCUGCUGGAGGAGGAGCAAAGCCUACGCGAGUGCGAGGCGUACAUCCAAACGCAUCGUAUCCAGCGAGUUCUCAAGGAUUGCAUCGUGCAGCUGUGCGUCGCCCGUCCGGAGAAUCCGAUAUCAUUCCUGCGGCAGUAUUUCCAGAAGCUCGAACGGGAGCAAGCAAAAUUGGACGCCAGCAAGCAGGCCGCCAGCCCGGAUGAUCUAGACGAUCUCAGUCCGAUGCCACAAACGGCCGUUCCGCCGGUUCGGCGGCGCGGUGGAAUCUCAGCCGAACCGGUUAGCGAAGAGGACGCCACGAGCUACGUGAAAAAGGUCGUCCCGAAGGACUACAAAACGAUGGCUGCGCUGUCGAAGGCGAUCGCCAAGAAUGUACUUUUCUCCCACCUAGACGAGAACGAGCGGUCGGAUAUUUUCGAUGCCAUGUUUCCGUGCAAUUUUCUUCCGGGCGAAUCGAUCAUCCAGCAGGGUGAUGAAGGAGAUAACUUUUACGUUAUCGACAUUGGUGAGGUGGAGGUUUUUGUAAAUAACGAGCAAGUGACGACGAUUGGUGAGGGUGGCAGUUUCGGUGAGUUGGCGCUGAUCUACGGAACACCACGAGCCGCUACGGUACGUGCCAAAACCGACGUCAAGUUGUGGGGUAUCGACCGGGACAGCUACCGACGAAUUCUGAUGGGCUCCACCAUUCGAAAGCGGAAAAUGUACGAGGAAUUUUUGUCGCGGGUUUCUAUCCUGGAGAGCUUAGAUAAAUGGGAACGACUCACCGUAGCGGAUGCACUGGAACCGGUUACAUUCGAAGAUGGCGAAACGAUCGUGAAACAGGGCGAACCAGGAAACGAUUUCUAUAUCAUUGUUGAGGGCUGUGCCACCGUGCGACAAAAGCGAGACGAGAAAGAAGAACCCGCCGAAGUUGGUCGUUUGGGUCCGAGUGACUAUUUUGGAGAGAUUGCCCUGCUGUUGGAUCGUCCGCGAGCAGCUACUGUCAUUGCGCGGGGACCGCUGAAGUGUGUCAAAUUGGAUCGUGCUCGCUUCGAACGGGUGCUCGGCCUAUGCGCGGAUAUUCUCAAACGAAACAUCACACAGUACAACAGCUUCGUGUCGCUAUCGGUCUAAAUAUCCAAUCACACGAGCAAACAUACAAAUGAAAGAAGAAAAAAAAACUACAAACUGAAACUGUAUGAGUAAUUAAAGGAAAUAACAGCGAAGCAGUAAAUAAACAAAACUCUAUAAUUUAUAUGUUAGCACACAAUUUUUGUUGAUAUAUUGUCUCUCAAAUAAUUAACGGAAUAGGUUUUUUUCUGCAUAUGAUAGUUUUGACAAAAUAUGUGCUCUGCCACAACAUUUACUUAACACUUAAUGCUCUAUAUUUAGAUAAAAUAAUAGCACACAUUUAAAGUAAUAUUUAAUUUUUUCAUUUAUUUCAACCAUUUAGUCGAGUAGCAUAUGUUAUUAAUAUUAAACAAAAUAUUUCGCAGUUCAGCGACUAAGAAGAGGUACACUUAAAAACACAUAAUAAGCCGCGUCUCUACAGCAGUUGUCUUAUUCUCAUUGUAACAUUUAUUAGUGUAAAUUUGGAUUAUAUAUGUAUUGAAAAAAAAAACAGAAAGAACAAAUCUAUAUAUAAUAAAAUUACUGUAGCUCGAGCAACUGCAUGAAAUUACAUUGAAUCAACAUUGAGAUAAAUGAUCAUCAAAUCAUCAAAUAACAACCAGAGCGUUGCAAAAAAAGAAUAUCUAUAGCUCUACUGUUCGUACUAUGACAAGAACGUAAACAAAAAAAACAAAAGUUGAUGUCCGCUAUGCGCAAAGAAACUUGAAACGAAUACUAACCCGGCUUUUGAGACGUUGAAAGCGUUGAACAAUAAAGCCACAGAACAGGGGUAAUUACAUAGAACAAUAUUCCAGCAAAUUAAAUGGUGCGUACGAAAAAAAAUUACUAAUUACAAGGUAAAAGCGGCGGGAUGAAGAGAACAAUUGUGAAAGGAUAAAGUGUUCGAUUGGGACUUCUAGUGAGUGAGUGAAUGUUUCAAUCGAGACGCUCUACGGAGAAAUUAUCAAAGCCAGAUGCUGUUAGCAAAUGCCAACUUUAUUAGGGAAAUUUUUGUUUAAAAUUACACACUACGAAAACACCGCAUGAGCAAACACGACGACACUCGUACUCAAGCAUGCAGGUAUCCAGCAAAGUAUAUUCACUGGCAAAUGUUGCCGUCAAAUUAGGAUGUUGGACGACGUUUUUAGGAUUAAAGUGUGAGUGGACGAAUUGUGGCCCACAGAAUGUAGGUGCGCCUAGAUGAUAAGUUCUCCGUUUUAAUUGUUCAAUGUGUGACAAAAUGGAUGGGUACUGUUGUUUCGGCACACUUAAUGCAUAACUGUAAUUUCAUGUUUGGUAAAGUAAGACAUGGUCCGGAUAUAUUUUCUACCGUUAGCCUAAUUUAUUACAAUGUCCUUGGUCCCGCGUGAGAAUGGAUAUGUUCUACCGUUUUGGUAAUAAAUUCGGAAAAGUUGUAAUUUUGCACAAUUCGAUCAGAAUCCCUGCACACCAAUCUCUCUUCUUUCUAUCAAUGUAUAUCAAUGCCGUUUAAAUGACAAAUCCUGUGCAUGUGAACAAGAUCUUGCACGCAAAGAUAGGAUUAAAAAUAUAAUACAAAAAAAAACGAUCACAACUUUUAAAUACAAGCUGGAAUCUUCUUGCUUUUAUAUGCGUACUGAUUUCAACUACAUUUAUCUAUAUACAGACUAACAUAAACUAUAUACUGUAGCGAAAAUCGACUAGUAGAGCAAGCAAGAAAUUUUAACAUCUACUUUAUAUUUACUAACCCAAAAAAAUAUGUUCUUAUAAAAUGAUGUUGAACUUCAUCACUAUUUUUAGCAACGCAAAGUAAAGCGAAGAAGAAGCGGAAGAAAGUGUUGACUCGUCGUCGGCACCGGCGAUGCAAAGGCAGAAAAAAGGCUGGACCUUUUCAGAGAUACACACACACAGAUAGCCAACUUUACCUACCUACCCUAUAGUUAAUGUCAAGUGAAGUCGUUGAUUCGUUAGAUUUGCUUCGUUACUCUGUUGCGCUGAAUUUUUAUUUUAUAUGUUUCGGAUCGAUGGAAGGUGACGUUCUCACAUAUCUUGGUCGGAAAAUUACUUUUCUUUUUCAUAUUUUCCCCCCGCUGAAGCAUGUUAGGAAUAUUUGUUUUGGAUAUUAAAACAUCCUAAAUUGUGUUCCCUAGCUUAAAUAUACGAAAUUUCCAAUUACAUAGCAGAGUUAUCUGCCCAUUUCAUGCCAAGUAAUACAGUAGUGUUAGAAAUUAAGACACUGUUGUAUCUUGUAGAAUGACUUCGGCGUAGUGGUAUAUAGAGAAAAAAAAACUUUUUCUUGAUUUUUUCAGAUAUGUUUAUCUAACUGUUACGUGUAAUCUGUACAUGUUCCCUUAUAUAAAACUUCGACUAGCGAGUAGUUUACAAAUACAAAACAAAAACUCAAAUUCAACAGCAGUAGCAAAGGCAAAUCCGCAUUUGGUUGGUACAGUUAGCUCUGUUUGGUUUGUUUCAAAAAACUUUUUUUAUGUUAGAAAAAUCAUUUGAAAAAUGGCAAAAAGUUCUAUAUUUAAAGAAAAAACAGUUUCAUUUGUAUCUUAGGUUCUAAGCAAAUACGUACCGAAACUAAUAAACAUGGAAGAGA